ACACAAAUCUCGUUUAUAUAUUCACCAGAUUCUGGUCAGGCAAUUACGCUACCUCACAACAAAACAAUAGUAAAUGCUAGAUCCUACACCUUAUCUUAGCAGUAUUGUCAACAAGGUAUAAUCCCAAAUGCUAAAAAUAUUCCUACACUCUUUCUGAAAUAUAAAUAGCAAAAUCAAUUUUAAAAGAAUUCGCAAAAUCAAAUUUACAUGAAAAAUUAUGUAGAAAACUCUUGGAUAUUCCCCUUCGAAGAAAAACUCCGGAUCUUAAUCGCUUAUCCUCCUCCUCCUGUUGUCUUUACUUCAAUUCAGCUCAGGGGUAUUCUAAAUAUUUUGAAAAUUUUCAGUAUAGCGAACUGGGUAGAGAGAAAAGAAGAAUUAAAGAGUUGGGUAUUGAGUACCUUUCGGAAAUUUUCAUUACAGUAGCGUGGGUAUAAAAGUGAAGAAGAAUUAAAUAUGUGGGCAGCUACUUGCUGUUGUGGUGCGUGCACGUCUAUUGCAGGAGGCAUCUCAAAAAGAUCUGCGCGGCUUGCCUAUUGUGGGUUAUUUGCACUUUCACUCAUACUUGCAUGGAUUUUGAGGGAGGUUGCUGCUCCUCUCCUGAAGAAAAUCCCAUGGAUCAACAAUUUUACCAACACGCCUUCAACGGAAUGGUUUCAGACAGAUGCUGUGUUGCGUGUGAGUCUGGGAACUUUUUUGUUUUUUGCAAUAUUUUCCCUCAUAAUGAUUGGGAUUAAGACCCAGAAUGAUGUUCGAGAUGGCUGGCAUCAUGGUGGAUGGAUUGUGAAGAUGAUUUGUUGGUUUGUGCUGGUAGUCUUGAUGUUUUUCCUUCCCAAUCUCGUCAUAAGUGUCUAUGCGACAUUGUCAAUUUUUGGUUCUGGCUUCUUCUUGCUGAUUCAAGUGAUAAUGUUGCUUGAUUUCACACAUACGUGGAAUGAUGCAUGGGUUGCUAAGGAUGAACAAUUUUGGUACAUAGCAUUGCUUGUUGUAUCACUUGUCUGCUACAUUGCAACAUUUGCAUUUUCUGGGCUACUAUUCUACUGGUUCAAUCCCUCAGGAAAUGACUGCAGUCUCAAUAUUUUCUUCAUUGUAAUGGCAUUGAUUCUUGCAUUUGCAUUUGCAGUCAUUGCAUUGCAUCCUAAGGUGAAUGGCAGCCUUUUGCCAGCCUCUAUAAUUUCUAUAUAUUGUGCCUACGUGUGCUACACUGGACUUUCAAGUGAACCCAGAGAUUAUAAAUGUAAUGGGCUUCAUAAACAUACAAAAGCUGUCUCUACCAGUACUCUUAUUAUUGGGCUGCUGACAACGGUUCUGUCCGUUGUCUAUUCUGCAGUCCGAGCUGGAUCUUCGACUACAUUUCUUUCACCACCAUCUUCACCACGGCGAGGUACAUCACAAGGUUCGAAGAAGCCUUUACUACCAUCCAAAGAUGAAGAGGAAGGCCAGAAGGAAGAGAAAAAAGAUGAAGCACAACCAGUUGCCUAUUCCUAUACCUUCUUCCAUUUGAUUUUUGCCCUUGCCAGCAUGUACUCUGCAAUGCUUCUUACUGGUUGGACAAGCUCAACUGCAGACAGUGAGAAGCUCAUUGAUGUGGGUUGGCCUUCUGUUUGGGUCCGGAUCUGCACAGCGUGGGUCACUGCAGGCCUAUAUAUUUGGUCCCUGAUUGCUCCUCUUAUUUUGCCUGAUCGGGAGUUCGCCUGACUUGAGUUUUCAAACCUUCGUUGUGGUUGGCCACUGUGCCAUAGACUUUCUGAUCAGAUUCUAGUAAGCCAUUCAUAGGGAUCUUAUAUUACAUCAUAUGAGAUGGCAUGGGAAACUUAUAUACACGGAGACCAAGUGUGUAAAUUCCUAGAUUUGUUUUAUAUGCUUAUGGCUCUCACCAAGCAUUUGAAGAUUGUAUAUAAUAGUCUUUUAGAUGGACUUGCAAGUUUUUUCAAUUUUUGGAGCAAUGUAUGCUAUUUUUAA